UUCUUUUUUGGCUCGGACAGUCAUUAGAGAAUAGUUGUGUUUCAUUUCGCUCUUAGCCGCGGCGUUUUUAUACAACUUUUGUUAAUAUUUUUUUUAUAUUUUUUUUUUAUAUAAAAAAAAUUGUUUGUGGCCAACAAAAUGUAUGAUACUAAAGAAAACUUUGAGUACGUUGUUGAACUACCUAAAAUACCAGAUGUUGCCUUUGGCACUACAAAAGAGCGAAGGGAUACGCUCUGGCCCUACGAGCCGAGAGGAAGCGUUACAUCUCAUUGGUCACUUCUGUCUUUUAGCAGUUUAAACAAAGAGUGUCCCUCAAAGUUAGGCUGUUCGCCGCUUGUCAGUCAAACCCCUCGUUUUUCCACACUUAGGGAGGACGAUAGGCCGGCUGUUGGCCAAUACCUCACAGAAGGUGGCAAACCCAUAAAGCAGUGUAAAAAACCCUUUAAUGUUGGAGCUGCUUUAAGGAAAGAGCCAACAUUUCUGACACCUGCCCCAACCACUUAUCCAUAUCACAUAAAAGUACCUGAUCGUCUCAAGUAUUGUCUCGCUUUCGGCACACGUCGUGUAAUUUGGCCAGCAACUCCGAUUUUUUGCAGCGCUAGAAACUAUAUGAAAUGCUUUCGUUGUCAGGAACAACCUGAAGGUGAUUACUAUCACAAUUUCAAGUCGCAAUUGGAUAUAUGUAGACGCUGUUUGAAUAAGGAAGUGAAGGAGUUGCGUCACUGCAAGACUGAUGACUACAAGCGCAAGCUGACCUUAAGCGAGUGGAGUGAGUUCAAGCUGGUGCGGCAUUGCAGCUUCUAUCAUUUGCAUAAGAGCGGCAAUAUGAAGUCAACGCUAAUGACAAAAAGCGAUUUGCGUAAGAAAAUCAAUAUAGAGAACUAUUUAUAUCAAUAUUAUCCGGUGUGGGAUAAACGAUACGUAUGAGAUUAUUGGCUGUUGAUGUGAGAAUAACGCGAGCGUCAAUAGAACACUCGCUUACCUUUGGAAUAUUUUCGUAUGUGUGUAUGUGUUAAGGUCUGAAAAGUUUGGUAUGCCAUAAAUUACAAAAUUAAAAAAAAACAUUAAGAAAACCAAAAAUA